GAAGACAUUUGUCCUCCACUAGUACUGAGCAAAGACUCAGUAAGCUGCACAUGCGUUGACUUGAACUCAUGAAACAAUAAUCAAUCACUUUACCCUAUCAAUCUGCAAAAUAUGUAGAUCUAUGCACAACAGCUGCUGGCAGAGCUUCAUAUAGAUGAAUCUUUCUUAACCGUUGCUGAUCUCUUGGUGGAUCCCAAUUCUGAAGUGUUGGGCAAAGGCUUUGAAGUUUCAUAAUGUCUGGGGUUGAGCUUGCGGGUCCUCUUAUUGGAGAGGUGGGAGCACUUGGAGUUGGAAAUUUACAUAAUAAAAUUGCAUCUAAAAUUGCAUCUUCUAAAAGCCUUGAUGACAACUACAACAGUUUGGUCAAAGAUACGGAGAUGCUACUUGCAAUAAAGAAGGAUAAAGAGUGGGAAGUUCAAAGAAACGGCCACAAAGAUACCACUAAUGCUUAUAAACUGUGGGCAAAUAGGGUAUCAAAUGCUGUUGAAGAAGUACAGAAGCUGAAAGAUAAAUACGAAGGAAAAACGCUACCCUUUUGGCACAUUCAAAAACGUUCACGUCUGAGUGAAGAGAUGCAGAAGAAGUGCAACUUUGUUCUUGAACUUAUGAGGGAUGAAUGUUUAAGAGAUUUUCUAGUUGAUAAACCACCUGAGCCUGUCUUAAAGGAGUUAAAUGUUCCACAGAUAAGUGGAUAUCCAACCCUUCAGGGUGCCUUGGAAGAUAUUUUGGGUUUGCUCAAAAAUAAUAAGAUCAAAGUCAUUGGAGUGUGUGGAACAAAAGGGGUGGGGAAAACGACAAUAUUGCGGAACCUGAACAACCAUGAAGAGGUUGCUAAACUGUUUGAAAUUGUCAUCUUUAUGAAAGUUACUUCUGAUAAUGAUAAGCUUCAAGAGAAAAUCGCUAAUAGGUUGAUGCUGGACAUAGAAGCCAACAAGGAGCAUAGUAGUGAUGAUGUUGCAAGAAGAAUACACAAAGAGCUGGAGACAAAGAAGUAUUUGUUGAUUUUGGAUGAGGUUGAAAAUGUCAUCAAUUUGGAGCAGUUGGGAAUUCCAAGUAAUAAUAAUGGAAGUAAGGUGGUGAUUGUCACUCGAUUACCUAUGGUUUAUAAGUUGAGUAAGGUACAAAGGGUCAUCAAAGUCAUGGAGCUAUCUCCUGAGGAAGCAUGGAAGAUGUUUAGAGACACUGUUCGUGCCUUCAAUCCUAAGAUUGAUUCCCCUGACAUUCAACCUAUUGCCAAACUUGUAUGCAAGAGGUGUUGUCGUCUUCCACUUCUUAUUUACAAAAUAGCAAAUUCUUUCAAAUUGAAAGAGUCUGCUCCUAGUUGGUGGGUGGGACUUGAAGAUCUUAAACCAUGGCCACAAAUUCAAAAUCAAGGUCUCCAAGAGUUGUACUCAUGUCUGAAAUUCUGUUACGAUGAACUGAGAGAUAAAAAGAAGCAAAAAUGUUUUCUAUACACUUCAAUGUAUCCUGCGGAUUGCAAGGUUUACACUGAUUAUUUAGUGGAGUGUUGGACAGCACAAGGUUUACUUGGUGAUAUAAAUAACAAAAGGUCAUAUCGAAGUGCACGCAAUUGUGGUAUUGACAUAUUGGAACAUCUUGCUAAUGUCUCUUUACUAGAGAAAGGAGAAGCCAUGAUAUAUGUCAACAUGAAUGAUUGUAUGAGACAACUUGCACUGCACAUAUGCUCUAAAGAUCCUGAGUGUAGUUUUUAUCUCCAAGAUGGUGAAGAAUAUGAAAAUCUCUCAAAUUCAAGAGCUUGGCAGCAGGCUAGGUGGGUCUCUAUGAGACAACUGAUUGAUUUACCAACAAGCCAAGAUUGCAGCAUGAUUUUGACACUGUUGCUGCGAAAAAGUCCAAAUCUAACUACAAUACCACAAGCUUUUUUUGAGAACAUGAAUGGUCUACUUUUAUUAGACUUGUAUUGUAGCAAGAUUACAAAGUUGCCACCAUCUCUCUCAAAAUUAACUGGUCUAAGGAGUUUAUUUCUUAACAGUUGUGAGCUCUUGGAAUCAUUGUCACCUGAAAUAAAAUCACUUCAAUUUCUAGAGGUUCUUGACAUCCGAGAUACCAAAGUAACUUUCCUACCUUUACAAAUUAGAUGUUUGACCAAUCUAAGAUGCUUGCGAAUUCCAUUCAUUGCAAGUGAUGCACAGAAUGGAGCUCAAAAUGUUGAUGUGAUUUCAAAGCUUCAUAGGUUGGAAGAAUUAACCAUUCAAGUCAUAUCCUAUGAACAAUGGUGCAAUGAUGCUGAAAAUGUACUGCAACAUGUGGCUGAUUUGGAAAAUUUAACUCAUCUCAGGUGUUGUUUUCCUUCCUCAAUCAUUCUUGGACAAUUUCUUUCACGAAGUAAAUCAUGGAAGAAUUGUGAGCAGCAAAAUUCAUUUAGAUUCUUUGUGGGAUGUCAAGACUCAAGAAGACCUCAAAUACUUGAAUCUUCUGAGUAUAAGAUUACUAGUUAUUUGAGGUACUGCAAUGGUGGACAGAAGGAUGACUCAAAAAUUACUGAGGUAUUCUCGAAAGCUGAUGCACUUGAAUUAGUUUGCCAUAAAGAUAUCAAAAAAUUGUCAAAUUUUGUUGGCAUAGUGUGUUUGGAACGUAUUCGUUGUCUUUCCAUUGAAAGAUGCAAUAAAGUUUUAACAAUUGUGUCAGCUGAUACAAGUGGCAAUAUUAUGAAUGGAAUCCAAACAGAAACAAGAGCCAUCUUGCCAAAUUUGGAGCAAUUAUAUUUGGAAAAUUUGCUCAAUCUAAAAUGUGCUUUUAGAGGUCCCUUGCACAUUGGAACAUUUUCCAAAUUACAAAUUUUAUCAUUGAAGAAUUGUCCAUCACUGAAUGAAAUUUUUAGCAAUGGAGCAAUUCAAAAUUUUUGUGAACUUCAAAAGUUAAAAAUUGAAGAUUGUUCAAAAAUUGAAGAACUUAUCAUACUAAGAGAAGACGUUGAAGGAGAAAAGGAGGUGCUUCCAAAACUAGAGAUGCUUUUGUUGGUUAACUUAGCUGACUUAAAAAUUAUGUGCUCCAACCAUACAUUAGCUUGGUCCUCUCUAGAGCUGUUGAGGAUUCAUAAUUGCCCAAAGUUGAAAACUUUACCGCUACACACUAAGAAUGCAGCCAACUUGAAGACUAUUAAAGGCCAACUUGAAUGGUGGAAUGAAUUGGAUUGGACAGACGAUGUUGAAGUUUAUCAGCGAUUGCAUCCCAUCUUUGUCGCCUCAAAUGAGUAUUUUCCUUAGAUAUCUUCUUUCAUGCUUGUAAUCCCUCUUAAAUGUCAAAAUAAGAUGAGUUUAUUUGUCUUUCUAUAUAGUUUAUUGUUAGAAACUAAAGAAAAACAAUGGUUUGGAUUGUAUUAUUUUAUACUUUGUUGUGUGUUUGAAGAUUUGUGACUAAAAGCUUGUUCUAGAAUAUAGAGUUAUAAUUAAGUCAGGAAAGAGAACCAAUAAUGAUUUAUAUUUUCAUAGUUUAUUGCAAGAAAGUAGAGAAAAAUGUCUUGAAUUGUAUUA